AUGGCGGAGAGGCCCGAGGACCUAAACCUGCCCAAUGCUGUCACCACCAGAAUCAUCAAGGAGGCGCUCCCGGACGGUGUCAACAUCUCCAAGGAGGCCCGGAGCGCCAUCUCCCGCGCCGCCAGCGUCUUCGUGCUGUACGCCACAUCCUGUGCCAACAACUUUGCGAUGAAAGGGAAACGCAAGACACUGAAUGCCAGCGAUGUGCUGUCCGCCAUGGAGGAGAUGGAGUUUCAGCGGUUCGUUACCCCGUUAAAAGAAGCUCUGGAAGCUUAUAGGAGGGAGCAGAAAGGCAAGAAGGAAGCUUCAGAGCAAAAGAAGAAAGACAGAGACAAAAAAACAGAUUCGGAAGAGCAGGACAAGAGCAGGAAUGAGGACAACGAUGAAGAUGAGGAAAGGCUGGAGGAAGAAGAACAGAAUGAAGAGGAGGAAGUGGACAACUGA